CGGCGCCGUGGCUAUAAAUUAAAGUGCCUCCGCCUCUGGCUCCAUCCGCCAUCCUUGCCUCCUUGUCGAUCAUCGCCUCCUGCUCGGCCGGCUUCCCCCCACCCCGGCCGCCUGCGUUGCACCGAUCGCCGAUCCAGCUCCUCGCCGACCGGCCAUGAGCUACCAGGCUCCUCCUCCCGGCACCGCCGCCUACCCGCCGCCGGGCACGGCCUACCCUCCGCCGGGCCAGCAGGCGUACCCUCCGCCGGGCCAGCAGGCGUACCCUCCGCCGGGCCAGCAGGCGUACCCGCCGCCUGCCUACGGCGCGCCGCCACCCAUGGCCGCCGGCGGGUACCCGCCGCCGCCGCCACCGCAGCAGCAGCAGCAGGACUCCAAGGGCGGCAGCAACGACGGCUUCUUGAAAGGAUGCUUGGCCGCGCUCUGCUGCUGCUGCAUGCUCGACAUGUGCUUCUGAGACUGAGUUGCCGUCAGGGAUGCAUGGGGAUGGCGCGUCCAGAUUCAUCCUGCAGUCAGGCGAAUGCGUGGAGCUGUUUUUCUGAAUCAUGAUUAUGAUGCAUCUUUGUUUCCAUCUCCAUCUUGUGUAUGUUUUUCCCGUGCAAUGAAUCUAUAAUCAUGCAUGGACUUCACUAGUUAAACCAGCUGGGAUUUUCUGGUGUUCAUGUGCGUGUGCGCUUGAGCUCUGAAAACAUUUUCGAUCAGAUUUGUAUUUGUACUCGGUUUGUUCCUUAUUAUCGCCGUACUCUUCAAUCCUCAUUGUCUCCUUCGAUGA